GCUGACCAGCUUGAAGUUGCAUUCAUCCUUUGUUCAGUCGCAAUGGUAGAGGGGACUGGCGUAGCCAGUGACAAUGCGGAGGACGAAGAAACAAAGAAACAACGGAUUGCUCAAGCCGUUGCUCGAUGUGAGGCUCCCAUCCAUCCGGACUUCUUGGUGGCUAAGACUCCAGCGACAAGUUCUGAUGCACAGUGCAGUUCAGAGCCUCCGACCAAAAAGCAGAAGCCGAACAGAGGUAUGAACAAGAACAAGGACUUGUUGCCCUUCAUGUCGCCCCAGAAUGACCGCUUGUUGUCCCUUCUUGCAGGAGCGGCGUGAGAAUGUAGCUGCCAUGAAGAAGGUGGCGGCGCUGCAGCUGUGCCCACGCUUGGCAUAUCUUAACGAAUGUGAUGGUAGCCUUGGUGAGCCUAGGUGUUCACAGAACCAUGAUCGGGAAGCUUUUGCAGAGACAAAGCUCCCAAACAUUGCGGAUGAGUGCCCCGUGCUUGAGGCGCUGGGAGUGUGUCCGGCGGGCUUGAACUGCCGCUUCUCAGGUCACGUCUUGGACGGGAAAAACGUUGACAAAUGCGGCGUUGCAUUGUCUCCGAAUUGCUCCUGGCACCAGAAGAUCCCUCACAUUGGCGUGGUCCCUGGAGAGAAGAAUAUCUUCAGCGAGGAUUUGCGAAUAUCUCUUCGGAAGAAGACUUACGACUUCUCCCGAGCAGAGGACCUGGCCAAGGCUUGGGAUCGUUGGCAUUCUCAGCGGCCCAAAGAUGCUGCAGAGAACGAUGAACGAUAUUCCUUGCCCACAGAUUCAGCGCGUUUCUUGGGGCCUCUAGUAGAGAAAGAAAGGCGUCGCAUUGACCUGAGAAACAAGAGUAUUCUGGCGCCUCUUACCACAGUCGGAAACCUGCCCUUUCGUCGCCUUUGCGUUGGUUUGGGAUGUGAGGUGACUGUGGGCGAAAUGGCUUUGUCCUUGUCAAUUGUUGAUGGUCUUCAAAGUGAGCUUGCACUAUUGCGCCGCCACGAAUCCGAGAAAUGCUUCGGGGUUCAAAUUGCCGGUGGCGAUGUUGCUGUUAUGUCAAAAGCAGCGCAGUUUAUUGAUGAACGGGUUGACUGCGAUUUUGUCGACAUCAAUUGUGGCUGCCCUCUUGACGAGGUUCAUCGUCGAGGGGCUGGUUCCAGGUUGAUGGCAAAAGCAGCCCAUCUAGAAGGCAUUGUCAGAUGCAUGUCAGGUGUAUUGAAGACUAAAGCCCUGACUUUGAAGAUGCGAACGGCGCACAUGGAGGACAACAAAGUGAAAGAUUUUAAUGGCCGCUAUGCUCAUAACCUCGUCCCAAAAUUGGAGGGCUGGGGAGUUAGUGCCCUGGUGCUGCACGGGCGAACAGCUCGACAGCGCUACACAAAGCUGGCAGACUGGGACUACAUCAAGGAGUGCAGCAGUCGAAGACGGUGCCAAACCCCGUUUAUAGGCUGCGGAGAUGCAAUGAAUUGGGAGGAAGUUGAGCAACAUUGUGCGAUGCAUGGAGUUGAUUCUGUCAUGGUUGGACGUGGUGCACUGAUAAAACCAUGGCUGUUCACGGAAAUCAAAGAGAAGAGACAUUGGGACAUCUCCGCUUCUGAGCGCUUGGAUUUGAUACGCGAUUUCUCUCGGUAUGGCCUUGAGCACUGGGGUGCAGAUUCGAGAGGUGUCGAGACCACCCGGCGAUUUUUGUUGGAAUGGUUGUCCUUCACCUGUCGCUAUGUUCCUAUUGGGCUACUGGAGGUACAAGAAGCAAAGAUCAAUUGGCGUCCGCGACCCUAUGUUGGCCGAAAUGACUUGGAGACGAAACUCGCUUCCACAAACUCAAAGGAUUGGGUCGAGAUAACAGAGAUGAUGCUGGGCAAGGUCCCGGAUGGUUUUUCAUUUGUUCCCAAGCACAAAUCAAACGCAUACCAAGCUGAAGGCAUGCAGGUGAAGGCCGAGGAUGAAGGUGCAGCAGGCUAGUCUUGGCGACCACUGUUGGGCCAGAGGAGCCCAAUGGUCAUUGUGAUUUUCCAAGUCGUAAGACGAGCUGGCCCGAAGCACAUGCUUGCAAACUCAAAAA